AUGCCGUCGAAUCUGAUCCCUAGUAUCGAAAGCUUUGCUAAGGGUGCAUUUGCCACUGCGACAGGCCUUUCUACCAUCGGUGUCGGGCUCCUCUACUAUGGCCAGAACUUCCUGAUAUACCCCUCCGCAUACCCUCCUGGCUCGCGUACAGAGGUCCCCGUGCCGUCCGAUUUCGGGUUACCAUAUGAAGACCUCCGCCUGACCACCCCAGACGAUGUCAAGAUCCACUGCUAUCUGAUGGUGCAGAAGCGGGGCUUGAGCCCGCAAGCGACGCCGGUUCCGGGGGAGAUGGACACGGCGGACGACGACGAGUUCGCUGCGACUCGGCCUACGAUUAUGAUGUUCCACGGGAAUGGAGGAAACCUUGGACACCGUGUGCCGUUGGCAAAGGUGUUCUACAUCAAGAUGCGCUGUAAUGUGAUGAUGGUGUCUUAUCGAGGGUACGGACACUCGGAAGGAUCACCGUCGGAAAAAGGACUACAGCAGGAUGCGCAGACAGCGCUAGACUACCUGACUUCCCAUCCUGUGCUGUCAAAAACACCCAUAAUUCUGUACGGUCAGUCUAUUGGAGGUGCCGUAUCGAUCGACCUUGCGAGCCGUAACAUCGAGACGGUGAAAGCGCUCAUCCUCGAGAACACCUUCCUCUCCCUCCCGAAGCUCAUCCCGCAAGCUCUCCCGAUCCUCUCGCCUUUCUCCUUCCUCUGCCACCAGAAGUGGGAAAGCUACGCGAAACUACCUAAAAUCCCGCCUUCAACACCAAUUCUCAUGCUCAGCGGGGCGGAGGACGAGGUCGUGCCCAAGGACCAUAUGGAGGAGCUGUGGAAAAUCGCGGAGAAAAGGGGGCAGCAUGAAUCGGAGGAGAGGAAGACAGGGGAUGUCCGUGAGGAGCGCGAGAGGGGGACGGGGAAGAGCCGGUUUAUGCUAUUCGAGAGGGGGAAGCAUAAUGAUACGUGCGUACAGCCCGGAUAUUGGACAGCUGUGAGUGAGUUUGUGGCGAGUCUUGGGGAGCCUUGA